AAAAAGAAAGAGGGUUUAUGAAGGGCUUUUCUUCCACUACCAAAACCCCUUCUCCAAACUUCUUCUCUUCCAAUUCCAAUGGCACUUCUAAACUAACCCAAAGAUCAACCCCCAAAUUUUCCAUUUCCCAAUUUACCCCUCCACCAUUUCCACCUCCAAAUUCACCAACAAUGUUAAAGCUCCUCUCCUCCUCUUCAGCUCGCCAGUUCCACCACCGCCUAGCCACCGCUGAAUCAUCGUCUCCGUUACUCAAAGCAUUCAAUUCAAUCACUUCUUUCUCCCGGAGAAAUUCCCAAACCCCUAAUUUCUAUCACAAAGCUUUCUUUUGCUCCAAUUCUUCCGGUGAUGGUACUGGAGAACUCGUUGAGAUUGAUGUAAAGAGCGCCGAUGCCGCCUCCGAUGCCGCCGCGGAUUCUACCAAUGCAAUUGUGCCUACUAGCCCUCGCCCCGAGGAUUAUCUCACGGUUUUGGCUUUACCUUUGCCACAUAGACCUCUGUUUCCUGGUUUCUACAUGCCAAUUUAUGUCAAGGAUCCAAAAUUAUUGGCGGCUUUACAAGAAAGUCGAAAAAGGCAAGCCCCGUAUGCUGGUGCAUUUCUUGUUAAAGAUGAGCCAGGUACUGAUCCCAGUAUCAUAACUGGUUCUGAAUCGGAUAAAAACAUAUAUGACUUUAAGGGAAAAGAGUUGCUUAGUCGUCUUCAUGAAGUUGGCACACUUGCUCAGAUUUCAAGUAUCCAAGGAGACCAGGUCAUCCUUAUUGGUCAUAGACGACUUCGAAUAACAGAGAUGGUUAGCGAGGAUCCCCUGACUGUCAAAGUUGAUCAUCUCAAAGAAAAUCCAUAUAACAAGGAUGAUGAUGUCAUAAAAGCAACAUCGUUUGAAGUUAUUUCAACCCUAAGAGAUGUUUUGAAAAUAAGUUCCCUUUGGAGAGAUCAUGUUCAAACGUAUACUCAGCAUAUAGGUGACUUCAAUUUUCCAAGGUUGGCUGAUUUUGGUGCUGCAAUAUCUGGUGCAAACAAAUUGCAGUGUCAGGAAGUGCUUGAAGAGCUUGAUGUUGAUAAACGAUUGAAACUAACACUGGAACUGGUGAAGAAAGAAGUGGAAAUUAGCAGGAUUCAGGAAUCAAUUGCCAAAGCAAUUGAAGAAAAGAUAAGUGGAGAGCAGCGCCGAUACUUGUUGAAUGAACAACUUAAGGCCAUAAAGAAGGAACUCGGAUUGGAAACGGAUGACAAAACUGCACUCUCAGCGAAGUUUCGAGAAAGGAUCGAACCAAAGAAGGAUAAAAUUCCAGCACAUGUCUUACAAGUAAUAGAAGAAGAGCUUACAAAGUUGCAGCUUUUAGAGGCCAGUUCAAGUGAAUUUAAUGUUACUCGUAAUUAUCUGGAUUGGUUGACUGCAUUGCCAUGGGGUAAUUAUAGCGAUGAGAAUUUUGACAUCCUUCGGGCACAAAAAAUUCUUGAUGAGGACCAUUAUGGACUAACCGAUGUCAAGGAAAGGAUAUUGGAGUUUAUAGCUGUUGGAAAAUUAAGAGGAACUUCACAAGGUAAAAUCAUUUGCCUCUCCGGCCCACCUGGAGUAGGAAAAACUAGCAUUGGUCGUUCAGUUGCACGUGCUUUGAAUCGGAAGUUCUUUCGGUUUUCAGUAGGAGGGUUAUCUGAUGUUGCUGAAAUUAAGGGGCAUCGUCGAACCUAUAUUGGUGCAAUGCCAGGAAAGAUGGUGCAGUGUCUUAAAAAUGUUGGAACUGCUAACCCUCUCGUUUUGAUCGAUGAGAUUGACAAGUUGGGAAGAGGACAUGCUGGUGAUCCAGCAAGUGCUUUGUUGGAGCUUCUUGAUCCAGAGCAAAAUGCUAAUUUUCUUGACCACUACCUUGAUGUUCCAAUUGACCUAUCAAAGGUUUUGUUUGUAUGCACAGCAAAUGUUGUGGACAUGAUACCUGGUCCUCUUUUGGACAGAAUGGAGGUAAUUGCAAUCGCUGGGUAUAUUACUGAUGAGAAAGUGCACAUUGCCAGAGAUUAUUUGGAGAAGUCAACACGUGAAGCAUGUGGCAUCAAGCCGGAACAGGUUGAAGUAACUGAUGCUGCCCUUCUUGGCCUCAUAGAAAAUUACUGCCGAGAAGCAGGGGUUCGGAAUCUUCAAAAGCAUAUAGAAAAGAUAUACCGUAAGAUUGCUUUGAAACUUGUACGUCAAGUGGAGGAAUCUGCAGCUUCAGAAGAGCCAAAAGUAGCAGAACCAGAAAAUAAUCAAUCUUCUUCGCAAUCAAAAGAGGGUGUCAUCAGUGAACAAAAUAAUGAAACUUCUGUAGACUCUGAGAUUGUGGUGACAGAACCGCCAUUGGAGCAGGUUCAUGGUCUCGUAGAUCAAGAUGCUGAUUCAAAGGAAGCAACUGUAUCAGAGAAAAUUGAGGAAAGUGAAGUAACUAAGGCCGUUGAGAAGGUGUUGGUUGAUUCAUCGAACCUAGCUGACUUUGUUGGGAAGCCUGUUUUCCAUGCUGAGCGUAUCUAUCAACAGACUCCUGUUGGUGUUGUGAUGGGUCUUGCAUGGACAGCUAUGGGUGGUUCGACCUUGUACAUAGAGACCACUCAGAUUGAGCAAGGAGAGGGAAAAGGAGCUCUUCAUUUAACCGGUCAACUUGGAGAAGUUAUGAAAGAAAGUGCCCAAAUUGCUCAUACUGUUGCGAGAGCAAUAUUUAGUGAGAAAGAACCGGAUAACCCAUUCUUUGCCAAUUUCAAGGUUCAUCUCCAUGUUCCUGCAGGAGCCACCCCUAAGGAUGGGCCAAGUGCUGGUUGCACCAUGAUAACGUCGUUGCUGUCUCUUGCCAUGAAGAAACCUGUGAGGAAAGAUCUUGCAAUGACUGGGGAGGUUACACUUACUGGGAAAAUUCUUCCCAUCGGCGGGGUAAAGGAGAAAACAAUAGCAGCAAGGAGGAGCGACGUGAAGACCAUUAUUUUCCCAGCAGCCAACAGAAGGGAUUAUGAUGAACUUGCUGCUAAUGUAAAAGAAGGCCUAGAUGUCCACUUUGUAGAUGACUACAGCCAAAUAUUUGAUUUAGCCUUUGGUUAUGACCAGAAUGAGGAAAAAUAAACCCUCCGACACACUCCAUUCUUGAGAUAAGAUUACGUUUUGGGUCUGAUGAUGAAGUUUUUCUGUUCUUCGUGACUAUGACCCUGGAACCAACCCAGUUCUGUACCAUGAUGAUUAACAUAUUUUUUAUGCAGACAGUCUCGAAACAAAGUAAAGAUUCGUUCCAUCAAAUGGGUGAGUCAUAAUUUGCCGUUUCUUUAUUAACAUUCUAGUUGACAGGAAAAUAAACACCAAUUUGUAAUAAGCAUAAUUUUUCAAGGUAUUAUAUUGCCACCCAUAUAGAAGUAUUUUUGAAAGGCUGGGGAUAA